UAGUAAGCAUUUCUUAUCAACUACAAUGUUAACAAACUCCAAGGUAUUCUUACUCUAAAGUAUUACCAUGUAAUGUAUACUACCGUCAUGACAAACAAGAAUACAUUAUAUUAAUUACUGUUAUCUGUAAAUGUUAAAAAAAAAUGCGCGGAUAAACAUUAUAAAUAAGCAUAUUUAAUACAAAUAAUAUUUGUUUUUAGUUAUUGUUAAAUAUUUUAGUUCGCGUUAUAGGUUUUUAUUUAAUUACUCAAAAACUAAUAUUCAGCCAUUCGUGUUCUAGUCAAGGUCUUUAAUGCAUUAACGAUGAACGAAAAAUAAAUAAGGUAUUCUGUAUUAUUGACAUCCUAGGGUUGCAAAAAAUUAAGAAAACAGAACUGGUCUACUUAGGUCGUUCACGUUGAUAAAAAGAAAAACCAAGAAAGUGUUUUUGACAUUAUCUUGAUCAAGAUUAGUUAAUCGUAUUUAUUAGUUUUGUACCACAAGUAAACUGAAAAAUGACACUGUGUAAUUUAUUGAGGGUUCCCCCCAUAUUCAUCAUGGACGAAGUGUUCAAAAGUAGUUUUGGCUUACCAGACAUUGCUGAAACGUUAUUUCCUAUUAAUCGUGCUCACCACAACUUGAGCGCCACUCACAUGGAAAGUGAUGAUUAUACUCAGUAUUACAAAGCUAUUCUUCUGUCCUUAGUUAAAAUAAUUUUAUCCUGUCUCGUUUUUUGUGCUUCGUUAUGUUCGUUUGUACUGCCCGCCAAGUACUUAUACUUAGUAUAUUUCCAUGCGGUAUCAGUAUGUGUUGUACUCAUAUCCUACUGGUCAAAUAUACAAACUUUAAAAGUUAUAUCUGGAAAAUAUGAAGACAUCAAGACCGACAUUGUGGACGAAUUCAUAACAUGGGAUAUCAGUGGAAUUUUAAAAUUAUUUACACAUAAUGAAAUAUCGGACUUUUUGUACUUAAUAUGUCGCAAUACAAUACUACAAUGUAUUAUCUCUUUAGUAUUUGAUUUCUUACAGACCACUACAAGACAUCGCUCUAUCUAUAAAAUUUUGAGUUUUAGUUUUAUCGCUCCAAUUUUAGUAGCUCUUGUUCCUGGUACUCAAAGUAUUGUAAAUACUGCAGCUGUUUUAGCGACACUAUUUCCUUUGUUUAUUAUGAUGAAGAAUUUAUGGUUGAAUAUUUUUACAUUAGUGAAUUUAAUACAAGAUGGUUAUCAAUAUAUCAAAACCAUUAUUAAUAAUUUUGGAAUAUCUGCGUUGCUUGAAAACGAAUGGAAUCGUUUGAAUAUCCCAAAUGUUCUCAGAAUAUUUUGGUCUAUACGUGUUCUCGAACAAACAUUAUAUUUACUGACUGACACUCAAGUACAAAAUCAGACUAUAUUUGAUGCUGUGAAGUAUUUGUUAAUAAAAGGUUGUGACACAUUUACUGCAGUUUUGGGCAUGACGAGUUUUGUUUCAUAUUUCUGCCAUUAUAUUGGAGCAUUUUUCCAUUGGGUAUUACUUACUGAUGAUGUUGAUGAUAAGAGCAUUGGAACCAUUUCUGCAGUAUUAUUUUAUAUUCUUGCAUUGCAAACGGGAUUGACAGGAUUAGAACCAGAAAAACGUUUUACACGGCUUUAUCGAAACAUAUGUUUGUUAUUUGCCGCAUUGUUACAUUAUAUACAUAACAUUGUUAAUCCACUUCUGAUGUCUUUAAGCGCCUCACAUAAUCCUUCAUUGAACAGGCAUUUGAGAGCACUUUUGGUGUGUGCGUUCCUUAUAAUAUUUCCAAUUACAAUGUUGACAUACUUGUGGUCUCAUCAUUCAAUUAGCACAUGGUUAUUAGCAGUUUCGUCAUUCAAUAUUGAAAUAAUUAUUAAAGUAUUGGUAUCGUUGUCUGUGUAUUCAUUAUUUUUAAUUGACGCUUACCGUACUACAUUUUGGGAAAGACUGGACGAUUAUGUCUAUUAUAUCAAAGCAUUUGGAAAUACGGUGGAAUUCUGUUUUGGUAUAUUUUUAUUUUUGAACGGGGUCUACAUUAUGGUAUUUGUAUCUGGAGGUGCAGUUCGUGCAUCCAUGAUGUGUAUUCAUGCAUAUUUCAAUAUAUGGUGUGAUGCUAGAGAUGGCUGGCGGGUGUUUAUUAAGCGGCGCACUGCAGUAAAGAAAAUCGAAUCAUUACCAGAAGCAACCAGUAAACAGUUAACCGAACACGAUGACGUCUGUGCCAUAUGUUAUCAGAAUAUGGGAACAGCAAAAAUUACAAAGUGCCAUCAUUUUUUUCAUGGUGUAUGCUUACGUAAAUGGCUUUAUGUACAGGACCGUUGUCCUCUGUGUCAUGAUAUUCUAUAUAAAGCCGAACUAGCCAAUUCACAACCUCGGUACAAUACCCACAACGAACAACAAAUCGAAAAUAUUAUCAACAAUGAUAAUUCUUAAAAGCGAUCAUCAAUUGUGAUAAGGAAAAAAAGGAAUAAUACAUACAUUAAUUACAACCACAGUUUAUUGGUUAUUAAUGACUUGACUUUAAGAAUCUGAUUUAAUAAGAUUUUAUCGUAAGCCGAUGUAUGAACAGUCUGUGUAAAAUACACACAACGUUGUAAUUUUGAUAAAAAAAUUAGUUCAUAUUAUAGCUUAAGUAACUACUUACAAUUUGUUUAUAGAUAAUACGAAAAAUAACUGUCAUAUGUGUUUUUCAACUACAUUGAGCAGUAUAAUUUUACAAUAUGGUAAAAAAAAAUGAAUAUUUUCCACACAUAUUUUGUCCAAUAGGUAUUACUAACAAUUUUUUUUUUCCAAAAACAAACUUUCUUUUUUAGUUACCUACUGUUUCAAUAAUAAUAAAACCACAUAUUAACUUAUUUAUUUAUUUUAUAAAUAUAUUAUCUAUGUUCUUAU